UUUUGGCAAUCGAUAUAUAUUAUAACGUCUGACAACUAGUGAGCUCAUGGUCAAAUUUAUCAAAAGCUUUUUCACUGCCAGUAUAUGUUAGACGUCUGACAACUAGUUUUUUCGAAGCCAGUAUACAUUAUGACAACUAACUGACGAACUCAUGCUCAAUUUUAUCAAAAGCUUUUUCAGUGUCAGUGUAUAUUAGAUAUCUAACACUUAGUCAGGUUAUGUCCAACUUUCUCAAAAAGUUUUUUUGCAAUUGGUGUAUAUUAUGGUAUCUGACAUUUAGUCUGAUCCUGAUCAAAUUUUUAAACUAGCUUUUUCGGAGUUAGAGGUCAUAAUAUAAUAUACGGAAUUUAAUAUAAUAGUCAGUGUAUAUUAAGACGUCUGAUUGACACGUAGUGAAGUCAUGGUCGCUUCUUCACUGUCAGUGUAUAUUAGACAUCUGCCACUCAGUCAGGUCACAGCCAACUGAGUAUGUUAUGACGUCUAACUGAUACUAAGUCAGGUCACGGUCACUUUUAUCAAAACAAAUUCUCAGUUCCUGUAUAUGCCGUCCAACUGACGCACCAGAUUACUUCAGAUGCCAUUUCUGAUAAGAUGGAAAUGCUCCUCAUUAUUUAGGAACUUUAGGUUUUAGUCAAUCAAAAAAUAUCGUCUCGUACAUUGCCAAAAUGAUAAAAAAAAUGCUCAGCCCGGUUUGAUUCCCUUUUUUAGAAUGGUUGAUCCCGAUUUGCAUUAUAUUCAAUAGACGGAGAACAUUAUCAGCCUUAUCUCCAGCAUACAAGAUUAAGCGAUAACAUUUUGGAACGCGAUACGUUCCGCUUUCAUUGCACCUUUGCAGGUGCUAAUCGAAAACGUAUUCGGUUGCAAUGGAAGGAAAAAGUUCGCAGUCGGAUCCCGUAAAUAUUGUGCUGAUAGGCGACGGUUACGUGGGCAAGACGUCGAUCCUCAAAGCGCUCGGCAAUUGCGAAUAUAACGUCAGAAGUGCGACUCAAGCGAACUUAUACGAUGAACUUCACAUCGAGCACAAGCUAAGCGAUCGCAGCGUUCACUUCAAACUGAUCGACACAGCUGGUCAAGAGGAAUAUGACGAAGUCAGGAGGGAGUGGUACAAGAAGGCGCAGAUGUUCGUGGUUUGCUUUUCUCUAGCCGACAAAGUUUCCUACGAAAACGUGCUGGAAAGAUGGAUACCCGAAAUACAACCCUACAGACACAAAACGGUUAUUUUAGUCGGCACCAAAUUGGACCUGCGGCAGCCCAGAUCGCCCGAUUGCGUCAACAGUGAAAAGGGCGUGAGGCUCCAGAAGAAAAUCGGAGCAAAACAUUACGUCGAGUGCUCGGCGGCGACCGGCCACGGUCUAAAACAAAUCAUUGACGCGGCAUCUAGCGCCAUCGUGGCUAACCAGCGGGGAACGAAAAAUUCGUGCACGGUGCAAUAGAUGGCGCGGGCGUGAGGCGUCGCGGUAUCUUUACUGCUAUUGGCGAAAUAGUCUAAACGUCGCCAAAUGGAAUUGGAAAACGGUGGCGGAAUCGGACGUUUCGCUGUGAACGACUCGAAAUAUUUGUAGUUCGCUUGUUUUUAUGCUUUGGUGCUACGAACGUAAAACUGCUAAUCGGUGUUAAUUUUACGUUUGUGAACUAAUAAUUCUUUUUUUUUCCGAGCACCCCUUUAACGUUGCGGAGGUAAAAUAAGAGAAUAUAAAAAAAAGACUUGCGUUAAGUUUAUGUGUGAAAUAAACAUUUUGCAAAGUAUUUCGUAUGUAUUAUUUCUGGUGGAACUCUCUGGUACGUCAGUAGAAAUAAAGUGCCAAAAGUCAAAAUCAAAAAAUUCGGGUUUUUGGAUUUUUCUCAAAAAUGGUAAGUUUUAUCCAAAAAAUAUUCCAGGCAUAAUUUUUUAAUCAAGAAAAUUGCCUUCAAAACUGAUCGUCCAAGAGGAUUUACUACUUAGUAUUAGCACUUUUAGUACAUUUUGAUAGAAAGAUGUGUU